AUUUCACUUCAUUCUAUUCUCUUGAUAUUCCACAACAACAACAACACAAACAUUAAGGUGUUACAUGAUGGAGGGCCAAGAUCUUUCGCCACCUGAACUAGACACAUCUCGACCGUCCCUUGGUUUCCCACUUGGCACUGCCCUUCUCUUGAUCGUCAUCUUCAGCUUAAGUGGUAUCUUCUCAUGUUGCUACCACUGGGAAAAGUUUCGUUCACUUCAUCGUUCUCUUUCUGAUCUUGAAGCCGCACAUGCACAUGCACACGCCCACACCCGAUCCCCACCCUCCAAGUCUAUACUUCAAUCCACGGAAAUGGAGUUGGAAAAGAAGGGAGAGAGUUUGACGGUGUUGAUGCCAGGGGAUGAGGUGCCCAAGUUUAUAGCUAUGCCCUGUCCGUGUCAGCCGUCGCCGCUAGAACAUAUUAUUGUGAGCGUCGAGAAGCCGCCGUCAAAACCACCGUGACUAUGCCGUAUUGACCACCGUGGCAUGUUAAACUUUAGUUAUUGAUCGUUAAUAUGCAUUUCACCACCAAUUGUUGUAUAUUCCCAGAAGAAUUGACAAGUUUGCCAGAAUCAAGAAUCAAUAUGAUUUUAUAAAGUGCUACAUUUUUGUUAUUUCAACAAAAAUAUAGUGUCCAUGUUAUUUAUUUUGACAAAUAUUCCCAGAUAAGUAAGGGUAGUUUUUGAA